GAGAGAGAGAGAGAGAGCUCUCCUGCUGCCAUUCAACCAGACUGUCGACUGAACCAACUGGUUAAAGACCGACUCGACACCGAACCGGAGUCCGUCGCUACAGCCUUCCCUGUUACUCUCUGUUUGAUCCUCCACACCGCAGCGACAACAUGCGUGAGAUUGUGCACCUGCAGGCUGGCCAGUGCGGGAACCAGAUUGGAGCAAAGGUAUGAAAUCUUGACACAGACGCUCGCCUGCAUUUUCGAGUAGGCAACCUGUUAGUUUUCAUGGGAGUGAAUCCGAUCCAUGUUUGAGCGUAUUUUGCUAAUAUGUCAGCUGUGAGGCCUCGCUGAGCACAGGAAACUGUAAAUAGGUCAACAUUGUGGAAUGAAGACUGUUGUGUAAGAGGGUACAAUAGCAUCGCUUAGGAUGGGCGGUGGCAAGCCGAGACAUCCCUGCUGCUGUCGCUGAUGCCAAAUUCACGCACAGAUUAACGCACACUCAUGUGUGUGUUUGUGCGUGUACGUGUAUGUGACAGAGGGAGGGGUGUGGCUCAGACACCGAAUGCCCUGGAACGCCGGCAGGCGGACAUGCUACAUCAACUCAUACAUACGGACACACACUGAUACACAAAUAUCUGGUCAUAUUUUACAGAUUUCAUGAUUAAAAAAAACCCUGAAAGUUGGUGUCUGUCAUCGUCUCUGAUCACUGCUUCAGUCAAUGGGCGUUGGUUAAGAUGCACUCACCACAACUGAUAGGCUUGAAAAAAAUAGAUUAUUAGUCAAGAGAGGCAAUCUUCUAAUCGUUUUUUAUUAUUAUUGUAUUAAGAUACAAUAAGAUUAGACAAUUAAAAAACUUAAACAGGAGACAUCUGCAGACCGCACAAAAAAUGAACAGAGCAUUUUUGCAUUGAACUCAUAAACUGAUUACUGAUAUUAUCAACUGUCUAUCAACAUCACACUGGAUUGAGAUAUGUAAAUGUCAGAUAAAUUCAGAUGCAAUCUUAUCUACAUGUAAUUUGACUAAAUGUACCCAUUGACCUGUCCCUGUAGUUCUGGGAGGUGAUCAGUGACGAGCACGGCAUUGACCCUACAGGAACUUACCAUGGAGACAGCGACCUGCAGCUCGACAGAAUCAAUGUCUACUACAAUGAGGCUUCAGGUCUGUAGCAGCAUCACUGUACAUAUAAAUGCAAUAGUCCUGUGUGGUUCGAUUGUUUAAUUUAUGGACUUGUGCUUAGGUGGGAAGUAUGUGCCGAGGGCCAUCCUUGUGGAUCUGGAGCCAGGCACCAUGGACUCUGUGCGCUCUGGCCCCUUUGGACAGAUCUUCAGACCUGACAACUUUGUCUUUGGUGUGUGAUCAGUUGAUUCAAAAGUUGAUAAAUUAGUAAGACUCAGAACUAUCAACCCUGUUUAGCUUUUUUUUUACUGAUUCAAUGCUAAUAUUCAAAGUUUAAUGAACCUUUUCCUUCCAGGCCAGAGUGGAGCUGGUAACAACUGGGCAAAGGGUCAUUACACAGAAGGGGCUGAGCUGGUGGACUCAGUCCUGGAUGUAGUGAGGAAGGAGGCUGAGAGCUGCGACUGCCUCCAGGGUUUCCAGCUGACACACUCACUGGGCGGGGGUACUGGCUCUGGCAUGGGAACACUGCUCAUCAGCAAGAUCCGUGAGGAGUACCCUGAUCGUAUCAUGAACACGUUCAGUGUGGUGCCAUCCCCUAAGGUAUUGCAGUCAUGUUGUGCUGAUCUGUUCUUCUUCCUCGGUUUCUUUUUCUUCCCUUUACGUUUUUAUGUUGUGCCUACAGGUAUCAGACACAGUGGUGGAGCCAUACAACGCCACCCUGUCUGUCCACCAGCUGGUCGAGAACACAGAUGAGACUUACUGCAUCGAUAAUGAAGCUUUGUACGACAUCUGCUUCCGCACCCUCAAACUCACCACGCCUACUUACGGAGACCUCAACCACCUGGUGUCCGCUACCAUGAGUGGGGUGACAACCUGCCUGCGUUUCCCCGGUCAGCUCAAUGCUGACCUCCGCAAACUGGCCGUUAACAUGGUGCCCUUCCCCCGUCUGCACUUCUUCAUGCCCGGCUUUGCCCCUCUCACCAGCAGAGGCAGCCAGCAGUACAGGGCUCUCUCCGUGCCUGAACUCACCCAGCAGAUGUUUGAUGCCAAAAAUAUGAUGGCUGCCUGUGACCCACGCCACGGCCGUUACCUGACUGUCGCUGCCGUGUUCCGUGGCCGCAUGUCGAUGAAGGAGGUGGACGAGCAGAUGCUGAAUGUGCAGAACAAGAACAGCAGCUACUUCGUGGAAUGGAUCCCAAACAAUGUGAAGACAGCCGUGUGCGACAUUCCUCCACGCGGGCUCAAGAUGGCCGCCACCUUCAUCGGAAACAGCACAGCCAUCCAGGAGCUAUUCAAGCGCAUCUCUGAGCAAUUCACUGCCAUGUUCCGCCGUAAAGCCUUCCUUCACUGGUAUACAGGCGAGGGUAUGGAUGAGAUGGAGUUCACUGAGGCCGAGAGCAACAUGAACGACUUGGUGUCCGAAUACCAGCAGUACCAGGACGCCACUGCUGAAGAGGGAGAGUUUGAGGAGGAGGGGGAGGAAGAGGUUGCCUAAGGCUAAAAUCAUCAUCACUCUUUAUCUCCACUUGUCAUAAGUACAUCCAACCAACCACCACCUUAUUUAACCCCUACUCUGGUUUCUUUCUUUUUCGUGCUGCACCGCCCUCACUUCCCUCCUCUUCUGUUUCGGUUUGUCUGACUCUCUUUCCCCUAUCCCUUCAGUCAGAGUGGAACCCACAACACUAAAUUCUCUCUCUCAUUUUACUCCACAUGUCAAGGUAGCUAACAAAGGUGUGCUUGUGGUUUUGGUCAGUAGUUCUCUGUUUAUGUUAUACAUUCUGUUUCAUACUUGGACCAAGUAUUCAAUAAAAACUCAUGUGGAUGUCAUCACUUGUCUUAUUUGGCAUUAAUCCGAAUAAAUUUAUUGUAACAAUAUA